AUUUUGGCUACCAUUGAAAGCUUCCUUCCAAUAUAUAAGAAUCCAGAAAAAUGGGUUCAUUGAGAUUGUAGUGCUGUUUCCUGAUUUGUGUCUGAAGUUUCGAGGCUCAAAUGUCUAUACAACACGAAAAUAACAAUUCGAAGAAUGUUCCGGGGUCAGGAUCUUGUCUCUUUGACCUCUUGCGUUCGGAGACCCCAACACAUUGGAGUUCUUACGAGAAGGACAGCCACACAUAUUCCAGUCCUCAUGGGAGGCUAAAGAAUCUGCUGCAUGAAUCCAGCAAUAAGUUCUGUGCAGAUUGUGGAUCUCCCGAUCCGAAAUGGGUUUUCGAGGCUCAAAUGUCUAUACAACACGAAAAUAACAAUUCGAAGAAUGUUCCGGGGUCAGGAUCUUGUCUCUUUGACCUCUUGCGUUCGGAGACCCCAACUCAUUGGAGUUCUUACGAGAAGGACAGCCACACAUAUUCCAGUCCUCAUGGGAGGCUAAAGAAUCUGCUGCAUGAAUCCAGCAAUAAGUUCUGUGCAGAUUGUGGAUCUCCCGAUCCGAAAUGGGUAUCCUUAAGCAUUGGAGCAUUUAUAUGUAUCAAGUGCUCUGGAGUACACAGAAGUCUUGGAGUGCAUAUAUCAAAGGUUUUGUCAGUGAAGCUAGAUGAAUGGACAGAUGAGCAAGUUGAUAGUUUGAGAGAUAAGGGUGGAAAUUCUGCAGUAAAUUUGAAGUAUGAAGCCUUCAUUCCAGACAAUAUCAGAAAACCAAAGCCAGAUUCCUCUAUAGAGGACCGCUCCGAUUUCAUUAGGAGAAAAUAUGAGCUGCUACAAUUUUUGAACUCGGAUAUAGAGAUUGCCUGCCCCUUUCCGUCUGCCUCAUCAUAUCUCUGCAGUUCUUCAACAUGUACUUCUGCUUCAGCCUCAGAUAAAAAAACCUAUGAGAAGCAAACAACUGGUCACCGUAUCCAUGGACUUGGGCAUGCAUUCCGAAACAGCUGGAGAAGGAAAGAGUCUGAACACAAAGCCACCAAGAAGAGUAAUUCUAUGGCAGGUAUGGUCGAAUUUGUAGGACUGAUAAAGGUCAAUGUGGUCAGAGGCACAAAGCUAGUUGUCCGAGAUAUGAUGACCAGUGAUCCUUACGUCAUUCUCUCAUUGGGAAACCAAUCAGUGAAGACACGAGUCAUAAAGAAUAACCUUAACCCAGUGUGGAAUGAAAAGCUAAUGUUGUCCAUUCCAGAAAGCAUUCCUCCUCUGAAGUUGCUUGUGUAUGACAAGGAUACAUUCAAAGCCGAUGAUUUUAUGGGUGAGGCUGAGAUUGACAUUCAACCCCUGGUCUCUGCUGCAAAAGCCUUCGAGAGUUCCGAGAUCAACGAGCCAAUGCAGCUCGGAAAGUGGUUAGCAAGUAAAGAAAACACCCUGGUGAGAGAUGGUGUCAUUACCCUGGUAGAUAAGAAGGUGAAGCAGGACAUUGCUCUCAAGCUGCAGAAUGUUGAAAGCGGAGUGCUAGAGAUUGAGCUUGAAUGUGUUCCUCUCACGCAAUAGCAGGCGAAAGGAAGCUGAGGAAGUAAACAAAAGUAGUCAUUGUGAUCUUGUAAUUUCAGUUGCUCUAGCAGCAGUAUUCUUUGAGGCAAAUCUUAGUUCUGCCACCAAGAGGAAG